AUGUACGCGGGCUGCUCGGGUAACAGGCCCGCACGUGCGGGGCGCGAAAGCAGCCAAGGCGCCGUGGCUCCGAAGUCCACCGGAGCCCCCGCCGAGUGCACGCGUCGCGACGUGGCCACGGCGACGGACGCGCCGCCCUCCGAGUACGACAGCCGCUGGCGUAACUGGAUGGGCGGCGAGAGGCUCCUCAUUGCGGGCGCCGCCCUGCUGUCCGUACUGCUGGUCGCGUCGGCUGCCACCACCACGGCCGGCAUCGUGGACCGGCGCUCGACCGCAGCGAGCGUCGCCGGCCACCGCCUACGUGAUGGCGCCGGCGCCGCAGGAGUGGCGCCCACCGAGCCACUGCUUCCCGGCAUGGUUCCGUUCACCGAGUCUCCACGGCAGGACGAUGCCGGGGCCAAUGAGGCAUCAUUGGGGGCCUCCUGGAAGACGCCGUCCACUACGAGUGAGCCAGCCGAGGAGGACUUGACCACUGAGCAGCCGGGCGUGGCAUAUGGCAAUGCCAGCGGUGACAUGGUGACUGCCGAGGAUCUCUUGGCGCUGCCGUUCCGAAGACCCGUGAAGCCAGAGUGCGGCGCAGUCUUCUACACGUACUGUCGCAAGCCCCGGCGCGAGUUCCUCUACCGGGCGUCCCUGAACGCCUGCCUGGCCGCCGCCGACGAUCGGCCCGCGCAGCUCUGCAACCGCGGCCCCAACCGGUUCACCUCGUGGCGCGAAUGCGAGGCGAGCUGCGUGCUGAUGGAGCCACCGCUCGAGGCAUGCCUCGACAAGACGCUGCUACUCGGAUGCAGGAGGCAGGACGUCCGCACCGGUUGGUGGUGGUUCGACGGCCGGGUGUGCCUAGCCUGGAACUUCCCUGCUGGAGGAUGCCCUGCCAACGACAGCGCCGUGUUCGCCACGGCCGACCAGUGCACGGCCCAUUGCACGAACCCACGAUAUCCGCCCUGCGCCGCACCGCGCUCUCGGCCCUGCUCGAGCGAGCAGCUCAAGUUUCCCUUCUUCGCGGCAGGGGCGCCCUCGUCAGCGGUGGAGGGCGGGAGGCACUGCUUCAGGCUUACCCGGCGCGUGCUAGAGUCGCACCGGUGCCUGACCGGCGCCAACCGCUUCCUCACCAAGGCUGCCUGCGAAUCGGCCUGCAAGAAGGCGCCGUCAACCCGACCGUAGCCGCAGGCCCUGCGCUGCGCUCGUUUGUAUAUGUAACAAUACAAUGGCAGAGUUUGAUAAUUGUA